UUUCUCUUUGUGCGGUCAAUUUUUGAAAGUUAAAAAAAAAACAACGAUUUGCUUUCUACAUACGUGUGUGUAUAUAUAUAAUAAGACUCUUUCGUAUAUAAUAAUACUAACACAUGCUAUUUUAUAAUUCACAACUUUCAGCCACUUACAUACACACACAAAAAAAAAACCAUGGCGGCAAUUGUGUGGUGGCUAAUAACGGUGGUUGUGGUGGUGGUUCACUCGGCGUCCGCCAGACCUAUAGUGUUGAAUUGGGAGGUUAAGUAUAAGUUCCGGUGGCCGGACUGUAAAGAAGGCGUGGUGAUGGCCAUCAACGAUCAGUUUCCGGGGCCGACGAUAAAUGCCGUCUCUGGAGACACCGUCAUCAUCUACCUCACCAACAAACUCUCCACGGAAGGUGUUGUCAUCCAUUGGCACGGCAUACGUCAGAAUGGGACUCCGUGGGCGGAUGGAGCAGCCGGUGUGACGCAAUGUGCCAUUAGUCCUGGCGAGACUUACACUUACAAUUUCACUGUUGAUAAGCCAGGAACACAUUUCUACCAUGGACACUACGGGAUGCAGAGAUCGGCGGGACUAUACGGGAUGAUGAUAGUGAGAUCGCCCGAAGAGAGACUACGUUACGACGGAGAGUUUAACCUGUUGCUCAGUGAUUGGUGGCACCAAAGCGUCCACGCGCAAGAACUCGCUCUCUCCUCGAAACCUAUGCGUUGGAUCGGCGAACCUCAGAGUCUGCUGAUCAACGGAAGAGGACAGUUCAACUGUUCGCAGGCGGCGUAUUUUAGCGAAGGAGGAGGACUGAGACAGUGCACGUUUAAAGAAAACGACGAGUGCGCACCUGAAACGCUACGUGUCGAGCCUAAUAAAGUUUAUCGUCUUCGGAUCGCUAGCACCACUAAUCUUGCUUCCCUUAACUUGGCCGUUGAAGGACACAAACUGGAGGUUGUUGAAGCCGACGGGAACUACGUCGCGCCGUUCACCGUCGACGACAUUGACAUCUAUUCCGGCGAGACCUACUCCGUUCUUCUUCGAACCCACUCGUUUUCUUCCAAGAAGCACUUUAUCUCCGUCGGCGUUCGUGGCCGGAAACCCAACACUACUCAGGCACUCACUAUCUUAAAUUACGCCGAUGCCAGUGACUCCGAUCGCCCAACUAAUCCGCCGCCGGUGACUCCCAGGUGGGACGACUACUAUCGGAGCAAAAGCUUCUCGAAGAAGAUAUUCGCCGCGGAGGGAUACACACCGCCGCCGAAGAAAUCAGACGACCAGCUCAUCCUCCUCAACACCCAGAACCUGAUCGACGGAUACACGAAAUGGGCAAUCAACAACGUCUCCUUGUCCGUGCCGGUGACUCCGUAUCUCGGAUCCAUCAGGUACGGGCUGAAUAAACACGAACUGAAAUCGCCGGCAAAGAGGUUCGUCAAAGACUACGACAUCCUGAAGCCGCCGGUGAAUCCCAACACCGUGAAAGGCACCGGGCUCUACACUUUCCCGUCGGGAAUCGUCGUCGACGUGAUUCUCCAGAACGCGAACGUCUUAAAAGGUAAAAACAGCGAGAUCCAUCCGUGGCAUCUCCACGGCCACGAUUUCUGGGUCUUGGGUUACGGCGAAGGGAGGUUCAGACCCGGAGUCGACGAGAAGACGUAUAAUCUGAGGAACCCGCCGUUACGGAAUACGGUGGCGUUGUAUCCGUUUGGAUGGACGGCGUUAAGAUUCGUAACGGAUAAUCCAGGGGUUUGGUUCUUUCACUGCCACAUCGAACCGCAUUUGGGUAUGGGUAUGGGUGUGGUUUUCGCCGAGGGAGUAGACCAGAUCCUUAAGAUGGAUAUACCGGACGAGGCGCUCACUUGUGGUUCAACCAUGAAAUUGCUCAUGAACCGGGGACGCCGUUAAAUAACCGGCCCUAUACCGGCGUUCUUUGUAAUAGUAGUAUGUUUUUGAUGUGAGUGUGUGUCAAAAUGGUUGAGAUUCAUUUGUAGUUUUACUCCCACCAAACGUUCGACCCGUGUUAGUCUCAAUUUAAAUCUUUAGCUCAGUUUCUCAACUCAAUAAAUCUUAUGAUUAACUUAAUUCAGGCUUUUAUCAACUCAAUCUGAAAAUAAGUUUUCAG